AUGGAGUACUGGACAACCAAGCUCGACACCCCAACGCUCAAUGUUGUGCCACUGGAUUUCAACAGACCAACCACCGGCAAGAUUGUGGAGUCCAGGCUGUCUGUGCCCCUGAAGACGGCCGCCUCAUUCCAGGACCUCCUGGCUACUUGGAUGGUUUUAGUGUACAGACUUACCGGAGACGACGAUAUUGUCGUGGCCACAAACACGCCAGCCGGAGAGGCCUUUAUUGUCAGACUUUCUAUUGAUCCGGCCCUCUCGUUCAAAGAGUUUUCUCGCCAGGUGGCAGAGACCUACGAUAUCGGCACUAAAAAUCUUGUGCCGCUUGAAGACAUCGCUGCCUACUUCCAGAAAUCCAAGGGUUUAGAGUCCCCUCCUGCGUUGUUUACCGUUUCUUUCCAGUACGCCCACGAAAACGAACAGCUUUCAACCUCGGUUCCAGGCUCUGUGAGAGACAUUGCCGUUUUUUUGCACAAAUCCGGAGAGGAGCUUUCUUUGAGCUUCUACUACAACUCUCUGCUCUACUCUCAGCGCAGAAUCGAAAUCAUGGGCGACCAAUUCAACCAGUUUUUGCAAAGCGUGUCUGAGCACCCAGAAACGGCCAUCUCGAAGGUCAGUCUGGUCACCGAGUCGCAGAAGUCGGUGCUUCCAGACCCUACUGUCGACCUGGACUGGAGCAACUACAGAGGAGCGAUCCAGGAUAUUUUUAGCGACAACGCCGAUAAACACCCGGACAGAACGUGUGUGGUGGAGACAGCGUCGUUCUUGCAGCCGGGAGCCAAAGACCGUGUGUUCACGUACAGACAGAUCAACGAGGCCUCUAAUGUUGUCGGGCACUAUCUGGUGCAAACAGGCAUCAAAAGAGGUGACGUCGUGAUGAUCUAUGCGUACAGAGGCGUCGACCUGAUGGUGGCCGUCAUUGGUGUGCUCAAGGCGGGCGCCACCUUUUCUGUGAUAGAUCCUGCCUAUCCACCAGCCAGACAGACUAUCUAUUUGCAGGUCGCCAAUCCACAGGGUAUCAUUGGAAUAAAGAAAGCAGGCGAGAUCUCGCAACUUGUCGAGGACUACAUUGAGAAGGAGCUCAAGGUAGUGACCCGUAUUCCAGCUCUGGAGAUCCUUGAUGACGGUGUUGUCAUUGGUGGCCAGCCAGACGUCCUCGAGGACUACCAGCAGUACAAGUCCCAAAGAACGGGUGUCAUAGUCGGGCCAGACUCAAACCCUACACUUUCCUUCACCUCUGGGUCCGAAGGCAUCCCUAAGGGUGUUUUGGGAAGACACUUCUCGCUGGCAUACUAUUUCCCGUGGAUGGCUGAAACUUUCCAUCUCAGCGAAAAAGACAAGUUCACGAUGCUCUCGGGCAUUGCGCACGACCCAAUCCAGAGAGAUAUGUUCACGCCGCUAUUUUUGGGCGCCACGCUGCUGGUGCCCACGGCAGACGAUAUCGGAACCCCAGGUAAGCUGGCCGAGUGGAUGUCGCGGCACGGUGCUACCGUGACACACCUCACACCAGCCAUGGGCCAGCUGCUGACUGCGCAGGCCGUUGCCGAGUUCCCUACGUUGCACCAUGCGUUCUUUGUCGGCGACAUUCUCACCAAGCGCGACUGUCUGCGGCUGCAGACUUUGGCCAGAAACUGUGCCAUUGUCAACAUGUACGGUACCACCGAGACGCAGCGUGCGGUGUCGUACUUUGAGGUCCCAUCCAGAGAGCAGGACUCGCUGUUCCUGGCCAAUCAGAAGGACGUUAUGCCUGCCGGUAAGGGUAUGUUGAACGUGCAGCUAUUGGUGGUGAACAGAAACGACAGAACACAGACCUGUGGUGUUGGUGAGGUUGGCGAGAUAUACGUCCGUGCUGCUGGUCUGGCUGAAGGCUACAGAAACAACGACGAGCUCAACAAGCAGAAGUUCGUCACCAACUGGUACACUUCGCCGGACAAGUUCAUUGCCAAGGACAAGGAGCUCGACCGAGGCGAGCCCUGGAGACAGGUCUGGUUUGGCCCUAGAGACAGACUGUAUCGGACAGGCGAUUUGGGAAGAUACCUACCGGACGGAAACUGCGAAUGCUGUGGCCGUGCUGACGACCAGGUGAAGAUAAGAGGUUUCAGAAUUGAGCUGGGCGAAAUCGACACGCAUAUUUCGCAGCAUCCGCUGGUUAGACAGAAUGUGACUCUUGUCAGAAGAGACAAAAACGAGGAGCCUACGUUGGUGUCGUACAUUGUUCCUAGAACGUCGCCAGAACUCGAAAAGUUCAAGAGCGCGUCACAGGACGUGGACGACCUCGACGAUCCUAUUGUCAAGGGUCUAGUGGUGUACCGGGAGCUGAUCAAGGAUUUGAAGGCCCAUUUGAAGAAGAGACUGGCUAAUUAUGCAAUUCCGUCGCUGGUGGUGCCAAUGGCCAAGCUGCCACUGAAUCCAAACGGCAAGGUCGACAAGCCUAAGCUACCAUUCCCCGACACGGCACAGCUGGCUGUUGUUGCUCGGUUGUCGUCGAAAGAUGUUGCCGACGUCGAGUUCACCGAGACAGAGGCCAAAAUUAGAGACGUGUGGCUCUCAGUGCUGCCAAACAAGCCGGCUACCGUGCAGCCGGACGACUCGUUCUUUGACCUGGGUGGACACUCGAUCCUGGCCACGCGGAUGAUUUUUGAGUUGAGAAAACAGCUUGCCGUCGAUAUCCCGCUCGGAGCCAUUUUCAAACACCCAACCCUUGCUGCAUUUGCAGCAGAAAUUGAUAGUCUGAAGAAGGACGACGGUUUUGAGCUCGCCGACGGCAAGAACAAUGCCGUUUCUGAGACCAAGGACGAGACCCCUUUGAACGUUUUUGUUACCGGAUGCACUGGUUUCCUGGGAUCGUUCAUUCUGCGUGACCUGCUAAGCAGAAACCUAGAUAUCAAGGUCUGGGCUCACGUUCGCGCCAAGGACGAGACGGCUGCUAUUCAGAGACUCGUCAAGACCGGCAAAACCUACGGCAUCUGGAACGACAAGUGGAUCCAGAGCAUCAAGGUGGUUCUGGGCGACCUUGACAAGCCUCACUUUGGCAACGAGGAGCAAUGGAAGCAGCUUGUCGCCAACGUUGACGUGAUAAUCCACAAUGGAGCUCUCGUCCACUGGGUGUACCCAUAUUCCAAGCUUCGCGACGCCAAUGUCAUUUCCACACUCAAUGUGAUGGAUCUGUGUGCAGAGGGCAAACCAAAGGUGUUCACGUUUGUGUCGUCGACAUCGACGAUCGACGUUCCUCACUACGUCUCUCUCUCGGACAGGCUUGUGGACGAAGGAAAGAGCGGCAUUCCAGAGGAUGAUGACCUGAUGGGAGCAGCCAAGGGACUCGGCACGGGAUACGGCCAGUCGAAAUGGGCUGCAGAGUAUAUCAUCAGAAAGGCCGGCCAGAAGGGACUCAGAGGCGCGGUUAUCAGACCAGGCUAUGUUCAGGGCUUCUCCCAGACCGGUGCUGCCAACACGGACGACUUCCUGUUAAGAAUGCUCAAGGGUUGUGUUGAGGUCGGCGAGUACCCAGAUAUCUCCAAUAACGUCAACACCGUUCCUGUGGACCACGUUGCGCGCGUUGUCGUGGCUGCUGCUCUGCACCCGCCAUCGGCUACUACCCUUCCUGUUGUUCACGUGACCGGCCAUCCGCGUAUCAGAUUCAAUGAGAUGCUUGGAGCGUUGCAAAAGUUUGGCUACGACGUCAAGCGGGCCGACUACUUGCAAUGGACCAAGUCGCUGGAGCGUUACGUGGUUGACGAGGGAAGGGACAACGCUCUGUAUCCACUGCUGCACUUUGUCCUCGAUAACUUGCCUCAGGACACCAAGGCUCCAGAACUGUGUGACAAAAACGCUGUGGAAAGCCUGGUUGCCGAUGCUAAACUUACUGGCGAGGACCGCUCUGCCGGUGCUGGGGUCACAAUGGACGUGCUGGCGAAGUACGUGAGCUAUCUGGUCAAGAUCGGAUUCCUGCCACCUCCACGCAAGGGCGAGAUCGCUCUUCCCGAGGUGGACAUCUCCGAGGAGACGCUAGAGUUGAUUAAAUCUGGUUCCGGAGCAAGAACCAGUGCGAACUAA